ACCAACGAAACGAUGUAUUCCACCCACUACGACGUAGUCAUAGUCGGCGCCGGUGUCGCUGGCUCUGCUCUCGCUCAUGCCCUCACUGCUUCUCCCAUUGCCUCUUCGUCUCGGCAUAAACCACUUAGAAUCGCUCUUCUAGAACGUUCACUUGCUCAGCCGGAUCGGAUAGUUGGAGAGCUAUUGCAGCCGGGAGGUGUACUCGCGCUGAGGGAGUUGGGCAUGGAGGACUGUUUGGACGGGAUUGACGCGGUGCCGGUGAAGGGGUACUGCGUCGCGAAGGAGGGCGAGACGGUGCAGAUUCCUUACCCAGGCAAGCACGAAGGACGCUCUUUUCACCAUGGCCCGUUCAUCCAGCGUCUGCGGGAGAAGGCCCUGGCCGCUCCGGGCGUGGACACCAUCGAGGCCACCGUUUCCGAGCUGAUCGAGUGUCCACUCACCGGUCGGAUUCUGGGCGUAAAGGCGACAAGAAAGGAUGGGGGCCCGGAGAAGGAGCCGUUCUAUGGAGAUUUGGUCGUUGUGGCCGACGGUUGUUUCUCGAACUUCAGGACGAAGGUGAUGGGGAGAGCCGGGAUAGAAUCAGAGACGAAGAGCUACUUCGUCGGUGCGGUGCUCGAGGAUGCGAAGCUGCCUAUUCCUCAUCAUGGUACGGUCGCCCUCGUACAGGGCCAGGGUCCGGUGCUACUCUACCAGAUUGGCGAACACGACACACGAAUGCUCGUCGACGUCAAGAAACCCCUGCCUUCAGACCUGAAGCAUCAUAUCCUUACCAACAUCGUUCCCCAACUCCCCUCGUCCCUUCAUCUCCCUAUCACGAACGCGCUCGAGAAAGAACGUCUUCGACAGAUGCCCAACUCUUGGCUUCCCCCGGCCGAGCAAGGCACCAAGCAUUCAAAGGAGGGCGUCAUCCUGAUUGGUGACUCCUGGAAUAUGCGUCACCCCCUCACUGGCGGCGGUAUGACGGUCGCGUUCAACGAUGUCGUGAUUCUUUCGAAAUUGUUACUCCAGAUCAACGAUUUCAGCGACUGGGACGCCAUGUCGCACGCAUUGCACCAAUGGCAUUGGAGCAGGAAGUCGUUAUCUUCUACGGUGAACAUCUUGAGCGUGGCACUCUACGACCUGUUUGGUGCCGAUGACGAGUAUCUUGCCGUACUUCGUAACGGAUGCUUCAAGUACUUCGAACGCGGCGGCGAAUGCGUCAACGGGCCAGUAUCUCUCCUAUCCGCAGUCGCGCAGGAUCCGUUCCUGCUGUUCAGGCAUUUCUUCGCGGUCGCGUUCUACUCUAUCUGGUGCAUGUUCACACAUCCACGUCGCGUCUCAUCUUCGACUUCGGACAAGCUCGUGCUCGCCGCUCCGGGUUUGGAUGAGUACCCGGCACUGUUCGUCAAGGCCUUCUGGGUGUUUUGGACUGCAUGCGUCGUGUUCGGACCACUGAUGUGGACUGAGAUCCGGUGGUGGUGAUAAGUACCAGUCGAGCUUCCACCAUCCGUAUCCACCCUUCCACCCUUCCGAUCGAUCGAACCCUCCGCAUUCCAUUCUUUCGCUUCGCGUCAGAAUCAGACAAUCUUAGUACAACUGCAGUAUACCCUACUCCCCGAUUUCAGCCCAUCCCCAAGUCGACGUCCUUCUAGUACUCAUAGUGGCCUCUGGACGCUGACGCUACCACUUUCCGCGUGGCGCCAGCGCGUGGAACAUUUCGCCGUCGCCGUCGGCAUACCAUCUUUCUUACUAUCUGAAUCUGAUAAUACUUACUGAGCGGAGAGAAGUGAGAGGAACGGGAAUAAGAUCGCAUCGUCGUUCUCUGGUCGAAAUAUCGUACGACUCGUAUUAGCGUGGAAUAGACGGACGGACGGGUGGUUAGAUUUUUGAUUGUCGAUUUUUUGAUAUUUUUAUGUUUGUAGACGAUGGGACUUCGAUACAGAGUAAAGUACUUAUGUUCGAGGCCGUAGGGUUUCCUGUACGGUUAAUUGUUAUUGCAUUC